GCUAACUGACCAUGCGGCUAAAGCGCGAGACAUGCCUCCACACAUCAAAGGGAUCCAGCACAAGUUACGACAGUUCGUCAAGAGGAAGAGCUUUGCAUUGCUGCCAGUGUUUGAAAAGGAUCAGUCGUCUCCAAUGCGCACAAGCAAACAAACACACUUGCAGGCAGACACUGCGUGUUUCCAAAAGCUACUUUAUGGCGAGAGUGUUUUGUCCUCUUGGUUUUACUGUCGAUGAAGCUCAUUACUUUCCGUAAUAUGUCCGAAAAUAAGGUUCUCUGCGCUGCAGUUUUCUUAACGUCAGUGGUUUGUGCAGCUUGUUCUCGAGGCAGCGGAUUUGAUCACGCGGCUACCUUGGAUGCGAAUGGGAAAUACACGAUUAAAUGGAAGUUUGAUGAAACAACCAUCACUUUUGAAAUCGAGGCGGAAACGAAGGGAUACAUAGGGUUUGGCAUAUCUCCCAACGGCGCGAUGGCUUCAUCAGAUAUUAUGAUAGGAGGUGUCGCUCACGGGGAACCUUACCUCCAUGACUACUUUGUGGACCAGGGCAGGGGCGUCCAUGAAGACCCAAUGCAGAACUACAGGCUGCUAUAUGGGAUGGAGAACCACACGCACACAGUGCUGGGCUUCAGCAGGGACCUGCAGACCUGUGACCCCAAUGACAGGGCCAUCACGGACAGUACGGUACGGGUGAUAUGGGCAUACCAUGAUGAAGAUGUUGGGCCGUCUGGGCCAGUGUACCAUGGUGCAGACAGAGGGAGGAAGAGCUUACGCCUGCUUAACCCUAAGACUGGCACAAAUGUCCCUCCCGGAACUGCAGUCUUUGAUCUUCGAAACGUUAACGUCCCAGUGCCUCAUAAAGACACAACUUACUGGUGUCGAAUGUUUAAAAUGCCAGAGGUGCACACCAAGCAUCAUAUAAUUAGAAUUGAGGCGCUGCUGCAGGAGGACCACAGGGGCAUGGUGCACCACAUCCUGCUGUACCAAUGUGACAGCACGCUGGAUGACAGCGAGCUUCAGGCCAGCCACGAGUGCUUCCACCCCAACAUGCCCGACUCCUUCCUCAGCUGCGAGACCGUCAUCUUCGCCUGGGCCAUCGGCGGAGAGGGAUACACCUACCCUCCACAUGUGGGAAUGUCGAUAGGAACAGCUGCUGAUCCAGUCUAUGUGCUGAUGGAGGUGCACUAUGAUAACCCCGCCUUACACACAGGACUGCUGGAUAACUCAGGCCUGAGGCUUUACUACACGCCGCGUCUGAGGAGCUACGAUGCAGGAGUGAUGGAGACAGGAGUGUGGGUCAGCCUCUAUCACAUGCUACCUCCAGGCAUGGAGUCCUACGUCACUGAGGGACACUGCACCCAGGAGUGUCUGCGGGAGUCUCUGGACAUGGAGAUGCCCAGUGGUGUACGUGUAUUCGCCGUGCUCCUCCAUGCUCAUCUGGCUGGCAGGGCCAUUCGGACCAGGCAUUUCCGAGGUCUGGUUGAGCUGCCUCCCUUAGCCUCGGACAACAACUUUGACUUCAACUUCCAGGAAUUCCAGCCUGUCAGUCCUGAACGUCUGCUUCUGCCUGGUGAUUCCCUAAUCACUGAAUGCAUAUAUAACACCAAAGCAAGGCAGAACAUGACUUGGGGUGGCCUGAGCACAAGGGAUGAGAUGUGCUUAUCGUACCUGCUGUACUACCCGCGGGUCAACCUGGCCAGGUGCGAGAGCCUUCCAGAAAUCAAUGGGCAGCUUAAGUUCAUCGGAGUUAAACAAAUUCAGAGCCCUCUCACGACCUGGCCUUUUAUGAUUAAGAGUCCCAAGAGAUAUAGCAACCUUUCUUUCACUGAAGCCAUGGACAAGUUCCGAUGGACCAAGAAAAGAGGAAAGGCCUUCAACGAGCUUGUGCUAACCCUCCCCAUAAAUGUGCGCUGCUCGAAGACCGGCCAGGAAGAGUGGUCGAUCCAGGGCGUUAUCAUGCCACCCCCGAAGCCAAAGUCAGUACGUCCACCGGCAGCUGCCACGUGCCCGGUCACCUCCGGAUCCCAGCACCACUGUGAGCCGUUUGUGGUUGUCAUGGCUGCACUUGUGCUGGUGCUGCAUGCCCUCUCACGGUUCUAACUGCCAUCCAUGCUGCAGCGGAGUUCUGUCACCCACCCAUCCACAAAGCCCUCUACCUGCUCCCAAGUCUAGCUCACGUUUCUGCACAUCGGCACACGUUUCUGCACAUCGGCACGCAUUUCUGCACUUUGAUCUUCCAAAACCAACCUGAAGCUCCAGUGUGAAUCCUGUCACUAUGUACAAGGCUACAGUGAUGAAUUUCCUCAAAAUGUAAUAAUGCCCCAAUGAGUUAUCCGCAUUGUACUCCACCCUCUUUACAAAGAGCCAUUUAUAUGUUUCAGUUCCACUACAGAAGUCUGGCCUGAUUUAUUACUGCUCUCUGAGAAAGCCUCUCUGUCGCUGGAGGCUGGCAAGGGCUUUCGAGCUGUGUCUCAAAGGAGCUUUCACAUCUCUUCUGUGUGAAGCGAGCGGCAGCACGCUUAGCCACUGCGCCGACUGGGAUUCCACCCAACUGCUUUUGGAACGCUUUUCACAACUAAGCCCGGGUGCAGUCCUCCAGUGCUGCUUGCCCUGUUCCUGUCCCCCAGCGUUAACCAGCCAGGAUACCCAGGGGGAAAAGAAGCUGGCCUCUCGCCAACACGUUCCUCACUGGAAGCUUAAAGUCAAAGUGGGCUCGUUAUGGUGACAGGAUUUUGUUAGGAUUGCUUUGGUUGUGCUUAUUAGUAGUACCUUCCAGAACAUGUUGUUUAGGGUCUGCUUCAAAUUGUUUGAACCUCCAUGAUAGGAGGAGCACUACUGCCAUUUCUAAUUGCCCAGCAUGUCAUGUUGCAAAAGCCUCUAGGAAAAGCAGGAUCAACAGGAAAUACAGUGACAAACAUUUGCUAAAACCUGGAAAUCAGGUUUUCCAACAGAUCUGAGAUAGCAUUUUAACAUCUCAUUUUACAGUUUCACAUUAAAUUUUUCAGAAGAUCAUAAUUUGCAUUUAUGUUAAACCUACAAUCACGAUCCUUUGCUGCCUUCAUAUACACUUUAUUAUGCUAACAGAUCUGACACCUCCUGUUACAAUCUAUAUGUGUUUCUCAUGAGUGAAAUGCUGUCAUUCUAUUGAAAAACAAAUCUUUUUUUUAUAUUUUGUAUGUUUUGGACACAAUAAAUAUUUCUUUCUUAAAUCA